AUGAGCCGCAGCCCGGAGAGGAUCUCGUCCUACCGCCGUCACUUUGAGGACAGCAGCACCUCGUCCUACCAGGUCAGGGUGUCCAGCCCAUCCCCCACCAGGAGAGACGCCCGUCAUGCCUCCGCCGGUUACUGCUGCAGAGCCGGGGCCGGCGGCAUGCGUGUGGAGUCAGCAGGACGGAGGACCGCCUCGGUUGCACGCAGGACUCGCACGGCAGGAGCAGGGGUGAGUGCAGGAGCCAUGGUCUGUGUUGGGCCAAGUGGAGAACUUCCGAUGGAUCUGGAUGUGGCUGCUGCCGAAAACCAAGAAUUCCUCAACACCCGCACAACUGAAAGACAGGAGAUGGUCGUCCUCAAUGACAGACUGGCUGUAUACAUUGACAAGGUUCGCUCACUCGAGCAACAGAACAAGCUUCUGGAAGCGGAGAUCGAGGCCUACCAGAACCGCUUUGAGAGUCCAUCAGGUCUGCGCCUCCUAUAUGAGGAGCAGCUGAGGGAGCUGAAAAAGAUCGCCGACCAGAUGAGAGUUCAGCGGGACAUUUCCUUGGCGGCUAAGGAAUCCAAAGCUGCUCAACUGGAGGCAAUCAAAAUCAGAUAUGAGGAGGCAGUGGGGCUGAGGAGGAAAGCUGAGUUAGACAUUGAAACCUUCCGUCCUGAUGUUGACAAAGCCACCUCCUCACGCAUUGCCUUGGAGAAGAAGCUGGAGCAGAUGGAAGUUGAAAUUGAAUUCCUAAAACGGGUCCAUCAACAGGAAAUUGAGGAGCUCAUGAAACAGAUCUACUCAGCUCACGCAUCAGCUCAGAGUGCAUUCACCCUGCCUGACCUGGCAGCUGCUUUGAAACAAAUCCAGACACAGUACGACGACAUUGCCGCCAAAAAUCUCCAGGAGAUGGAUUCAUGGUAUAAAAACAAGUUUGAAGAUCUCACCAGUAAGACCUCAAGGCAUGUGGAUAAGGUUCGAAGCGUUAGAGAUGUAAUAGCAGGUGCCAAAAAGGAUAUCCAAAGCAAAGAUCGUGACUUGGAUGCCCUGAGGAGCAGGAAUGAAGCUCUUGAGGCCAAGAUCCGAGAGGCACAAGAAAAGUACAAGAAGGAACUGGAAGACCUGCAGGCUCGGAUUGAGGCCCUGCAUCUUGAGCUGAAAUCCACAAAGGAGAAAAUUGCACUGCACCUGCGCGAAUACCAGGAGCUUCUGAAUAUCAAGAUGUCUCUGGAGAUUGAGAUUACAACAUACAGAAAACUUAUUGAAGGAGAGGAUCUGCGGCUCUCUGACAUGAUGCAAACACUGUCCCUUACCAGCUGUAGCAUGGGCACCAUUGGUGGUGGGAUGAGCUUCAGUGGAGGAGGAGGAGGCAUGGGUGGUGUUGGUGGAAUUGGUGGCGGGAUGAUGGGAGGUAGUGGUGGAGGUGUUGGAGGCAUGGGGAGUGGAGUAGGAAUGGGUGGGGGCAUAGGUGCAGGAAGCAUGGGCACAGCUCAAGGCAGUGGGGCUGGAGGAGUGGGUGGAAGAAUGGGUGCUGGUGGUCCGGAUGACAAGAAGGGUCCUGUUGAUAGGGCAGGAGGGGCAGACACAGGUGGCGUUCAUGGAUUUGGAGCUGGGGGUGGAGUUGUAGGAGCUGGUGCUAGGGGUGUGGGUACUGGUGGAGGCAGGGGAGGAGUGGGUGCUGGAGGAAUGACUGGUGAUGGCGCUGCUGGUAUUGGGGGGUUGGGCACUGGUGCUGGAGGUGCAGGCAGUGGUGCUGGAGGUGUAGGCACUGGUGCUGGAGGUGUGGGUACUAGGGCCGGAGGUUUGGGCACUGGUGCUGGAGGUGUGGGUGUUGAUGGAAAUGGGGGAUUCGGCACCGGAGGCAAACGUGAGGAUGGUGUUGUAAUGGGUGCAGGUGGUGGCACUGCGGGUUCAGGUGGCAUGAGCGGCACUGGAAUGGGGUUUAGUGUAGGAAAUGGCAGUGUUGGUGGAGGGACGGGUGAUGGGAUUGGUGGAGGCAUAGAUAGAGAUGGAAGUAAAGAUCAUGGAAUGGGUUCUGCUGGGAUGGGUGGCGGAAUCGGAGGCAAUAGAGGAACUGGGGAUGUGGGGGGAGGUGUUGCACUGUCAGGCAUUGGUGGAAUGGGGAAGAUUGGUGGAGGAAUGGGUGACACUGGUGGGACCGGGGUGGGAUAUGGAUCCGAUGGAUAUGACGGCAUCAAUGAGCCCUACGCAGAGCAGGCUGUGGAGCUGACGGAGAGGAGGACGGUACUCAUUAGAACUGUUAAAAAUGAUGAUCAGGUGCUGUCGAUGGACCACCAGGAACAGACCUACAUCAUCACUGGUGCAGCCGAUGACUCCGAUGACGAAUGA